UAAUCAUUAACCACUUACUGGUAGCAAAAAAAAUUUUUCUGUGUGAUCUCCAAGUGUUUUGGGGCCACGCUGAGCACACAGAGGAGGACCAGAUGUAACCUCUUCUCCUCAAGGACUCUCCCAGUACUCUGGCGGGGACUGGGGAGGGCUGGCAGCGACAGAGCUCGCCUGGCCCUGUAUUUACCAACCGAUGUGUGCGGGGGCGUGGGUCGGGGGUGACGAAGCUGGCAGCACGGGAGGAGUCCCGUUAGGGCUGACCUGUCUGCCUUUGUUCAUGCAGGGGGAUCUGGGAAGUCCCCCUGAGAAAAUGACGUUUGAACAGAGAUCUGGGCCCUGGGCGCGGAGCGGGUUCAGCGAGCCGCAGUGGGAGCGGCUGCAGCAGAUACUUCGGGUGUACCGCCGGAGCUUCACCAGGGACGUGCGAGAAUUCGUCAAGAUGCUGCGGCUGGACUAUCCCUUUGAGAUGCAGGUGUCUGCCGGCUGCGAGCUGUGCCCCGGCAACACCUCGGAAAGCUUCUUCCACACGGCAUUUCAAGGAAAAGAGAUCAUGAGUUUCCAAGGAACUCAUUGGGUGCCAGCCCGCGAUGCCCCCUCUUGGGCAGGCAGGGCCACCAAAGAGCUCAAUCAGGACCAGGGGACCAGAAAGACCCUGCAGUGGUUAUUAAACGACACCUGCCCGCAGUUCCUCAGAGGCCUCCUGGAGGCAGGGAAGUCGGAGCUGGAGAAGCAAGAACACAGGGCGCUCCAGGGGCCAAGCAGAUGCACUCACGGGAGCCUGGGAUGGGGCGGGCGUCAGGGAAGGCUUUCCUGCAGAGGCCAACGCGAAUGGACAGUCACGGGCUCCACCUCCAGAGGGGGAGAUGUGGGCUGCAGAGUUCCGGCCUUGACACCCCCCACUUCCUUAUCGGACACAGUGAAGCCGGAGGCCUGGCUGUCCGCCGGCCGCCCUCCCGGUCCCGGCCGUCUGCUGCUGGUGUGUCACGUCUCCGGCUUCCACCCGAAGCCCGUGUGGGUGAUGUGGAUGCGGGGUGAGCAGGAGCAGCAGGGCACCCGGCGAGGCGACGUCCUGCCCCACGCGGACGGGACGUGGUAUCUCCGAGUGACCCUGGACGUGGCGGCCCGGGAGGCGGCCGGUCUGUCCUGCCGCGUGAGACACAGCAGUCUGGGAGGCCAGGACAUCGUCCUCCACUGGGAGGGGAGCCUCUCCUCCACGUGGCUCAUCCCGGUGGCCGUCCUGGGGUCCCUCCUGAUGAGUGGAUGCGUUGGAUGCUUAGUCGUCUGGUGCAGGAAGCGUGGCUCCUAUCAAGGCAUCCUGUGACUGUGGUCGCUGCAUCUGUCUGUCUGGGACUCAGGACCCCAGCUGCCCAGGAGGUCAGCUCAGCAGCUGAGGUUGCAAGGAGAGGUGCCUUGAAGCAGCAGAGAACACAGGGCAGCUCUCAUCACAUCCUUUAAACAUUUUAUCUAAGACGGCUGAGGUUCUUUUUCUGUAUACUGCAAGUUUAUAAACUCCUAUGGUUCUGUAAAAAUAGACAUGCAAAUGUCCGGGGACAGGCAGAUACAGGCUGGGGUGUGAUGUCGUGUGUGGUCACCGUGUGGGUGGUGUGAUCUGCCGUGAGCUGGGAAGUGCCUGCCCCUGGAGAAGCAGGUCCAGCUGUUGCCAACAGUCAAGGAAGAGCGACCAACAAAAUGAGUGAGUUUCUGAAAAUAAGACCCUGGCUGGGCUGCAGUCUACAUUUUUCGAAAGAAGCAGAAUGUCUGGAUUUUCGUGUGAGCGUGCCUGAUACAGAAGUAUGCACUGAAGCUUUUACGGAAUGUUUGGGAUACCCCAGAUACAUCCAUCUCUGUUUCUUGAUGGCCAUGUGGGGGCUUCUUGGAUAAAAGUUGGGACUGAAUGACAAAUUGGUAGUUUUAGGGCAGGGUUUCUUCUGUGAAUUUGGAUUUAUAAAGGGGGACAUUUUCUUCUUUAAAAGAAAGUCAACUUGUAAGGAACAGAUGUUUCUUAAGAUUUUAUUUGGUGUAACUGAUUUAUAAGGAGAAAUCAUAACGUAUGUCUAUUAGAUAGGACAAAAGUUACUCUGGGUAGGGGUGUUUCAAGUGACCAGUUGCUUUUUUCACAUCGGAGGAGGACAGUCAUAAGGUGUCUCGGCAAACAGGCUUCCCCACUUACAGGUCUUAAGUGGGACAAUGCUCGAAAGGGGUGAAGCCACUUGGGCAGGUGUGGGCUGCACAGAUCAACACCAGCCGUCUGCCCUGUUCCUAGUUAAGGAUCCUUGAACAUCUGGAAAACAUGGGACUAAACCUUCAGAGAGUCUUUGCUUAAGAAAAUUAAGAUUUGGCCUCACUGGUUGAGCCUCGGGUGUGGGUGAAGAUCUUGCCAGUUCCUGAACCGGUGGUUCCCAACUGUGAAGUCCUGACCAGCAGCCUCAGCACCACUGGGAACUGGCACAUAGUCUGGACCCCGUCUCAGACCUCCCAAAUGAGAAAUGGGAGUGAGGCCCUGUGUGACCUGUCUGGUGUUUCAGGCGCUGUGCUUUGGGUCAUGCGGGGCUACAGAUUCCUCCGAAUGGUAAGUGAAAGUAACGGCCUGGGUUUUUCAGGGAAGGCUUUCUGGAAGGGACAUCUGACCCAGGACUUGGACAGGUGGUGAGGAAACCAGUGCACUGGGUCUGGACAUCAGAGUUCUGGCCUCGGAGUCCGUGUCCUCCUGCAUCAAGUGGAACCAGGAAGCAGAUCCUCAGUCUGGCCAGAACAGGCUGCUGCCCUGGUCUUGGACGGCCCCCAGGCCCGGGAACUGGGAGAGAUGCCUUUCCAUUGUUCCUCAGCCGCUCCUCGGACGGCUUUUGUCAGUGCAGCCUGCGCGGGCAGAGACGAUGCUCUCACAGAGGGUAGGGAGCACACGUGUGCUGUGUGUGGUUGUCUGUAGUGCCUUCAAACCGUGGGCCUCUUACUGUCUUUGGUGUCUCCCCACCUCACCCCCCAAGCCAUGCUGUUCAGCUUAGCUUCCUCCAGCAGCAUCCGGGCUCUGAAGCCGACCCGACAGGCUGGUUCCUAGGGCAAGAGUGGUAAACACCCUUCUGAAAUCGUUUUGGAAAUGCUUCAGCAUGGACUUGCAGAAACUCUGGGUCUUUUUAAAGAAAUUGAUUUAUUUUGGAAAUAAAGUCCUGUCUCUGGGAAAA